CGUUUGUAUGUAAACAACCGAGGAGACAUUUAAACCGUCAGCUGUCAACGAGGGCGACGGAGCCCGUCGGACUCGGCGCCACCAUGCAGCACGAACGCCCUGGGAUCCUGUCUGUGCUUCUCCUCUGUGACGGGGGACCCGCCCCGACGCCGUCCGCCGCCGCCGCCGCCGGCGCUCACAACUUUGCGGAGACGCUGCCGACGGAGAUGAGCGUGAGGAUCUUCAGCGAGCUGGACGCCGGGAGCCUGUGCAGCGCCGCCGGGACGUGUAAGCUGUGGCACCGGAUCAUCGAGCACAGCGAGCAGCUGUGGAGGAGCCAGUGUCAGCUGGUCAGAGCCGUCUGCCAGAGGGAGGUGGACAGCGACAGGAGGGACGGCCUCUCCUGGAAGGUGACGCUGGUGAGGAACUACAGCCGCUGCCGUGUGAAGACAGACUGGCUGAGAGGACGGUACAGUCGCGUGGACUCGGCCGAGGAGCUGCUCGGUCGCAGGAUGACGCCGCUGGACGUGGAGACGUGGGGGGACAUCCUGCAGGCCGAGCUGGACAGAUGAAAACUCUCACUCACUUUAUACUCUUAAUAUAUGUGUAUUUUAUACUCGGUGUGAAUACACACAAUCAUUUGUACAUAUAAUUUUUUUUUAAUGUUUUUAUUUUAAAGAAAAACGGAUCAUGUAGAAAGAAAAUGAACUGAUGUAAAUAAACUGGUGACGAUCAA